AUGUUGGGCGUCUGGCUGCUGCUUUGGGGUUCCGUGGCCCUAGGAGGCCGGGCGGACACCGCCUUCCUCCGCCGCGCCCAUGACAGCUCCGGGCACUGCACCUACUCCUUCACGGUCGCCAGCCCCGUGGAGGCCGCCUGCCCCGAGGCUGCCGGCGGCGUGCCCGAGCUGCGCGCUGAGCUGGCCGCCCUCACCGCCCGGCUGAGCCGGCUGGAGAGCCGGGAGCGCGGAGCGGGGGGCUCGGGGCCGCGGGGAGCCGAGUCAGGGAGCGCACGGGACCCUCAGCAAGUGGCCGUGGCCGCCCGCCUGGAGGCUGCCUACGGCGAGCUGCUGCGGGCCAAGUCCCGGCUGGAGGAGGAGAAAGGGCGGCUGGAGCGGGAGAAAGAGGAGCUGGGCAGGCGGCUGGAGAGCAGCGCCCAAGAGAUCACCCGGCUACGGGCCUCCCGCUGCCCCCCCGGCAGAGAGGGCCCCGGCCGGGACACGCUGCGUGCCCCCGCCAAGGCGCCGCGCUGGGAGCCGCAGCCCCUCAGCUACCAGGAGCUGCAGUCGGAGAGGACCGAGGUUCCCGUGUCGCGGCUGCUGGACGAGACGGCGCUCGGCCGCCCCGGCAAGGAGGACUCAGGCUGCGGUCAGCUGGUGUGGGUGGGAGAGCCCGUAGUGUUCGGCCGAGCCGACUCCAUCGCGGGCAAGUACGGCGUGUGGAUGAAGGACCCCGAGCCCGUGCCGCCUUUCACGCGGGACAACACCUGGCGUGUGGACACCGUGGGCACCGAGGUGCGCCAGCUCUUCCAGUACGAGGAGGCCGAGCAGCUGGCCCGGGGCUACCCCGCCAAGGUGCACAUCCUGCCGCGGCCCCUGGAGAGCACGGGGGCAGUCAUCUACCGCGGCGGGCUCUUCUUCCAGCCCCGCCAUUCCCGCUCCGUGGCCCGCUACGACCUGCGGGGAGAAACCAUCACGGCCGAGAGGGAGAUCCCCGGGGCCGGCUACCACGGGCAGUACCCCUACUCCUGGGGGGGCUACACGGACAUCGACCUGGCGGUGGAUGAGACGGGGCUUUGGGUCAUCUACAGCACUGAGAAGGCCCGGGGAGCCAUCGUCCUCUCCAAGCUGGACCCCGAGACGCUGGAGAUCCGUCGGACCUGGGAGACCAACAUUCGCAAGCGGGGGGUGGCCAAUUCCUUCCUCAUCUGCGGCACCCUCUACACCGUCAGCAGCUACUCGGCGCCCAACGCCACCAUCAAUUUUGCCUACGACACUGCCACGGGCAGCAGCCGGGCCCUGAGCAUCCCUUUUGAGAACCGCUUCCGCUACCUCAGCAUGCUGGACUACAACCCUGCCGAGCGGCGGCUCUUUGCCUGGGACAGCUUCAACAUGGUCACCUACCCCGUCCGCCUGUCCCGGGCGUGA